CUAGGUGAAGCAGCUGUCCCCGGCCGACGUCAACGCACGAAUCGAUGGUCUUCGCGGCCGCUUGGGGCAUCGUGAGGGCGCACGUCCAGCGAGUCACCACGCUUUUCAAAGCACUUAAGCCGGAAGGCACACCCAGACAUCCCCUUGGAUAUAUACGCUCCUUAUAAGGGAUCCGAAGUGUCCAUCGAUUGAACCGUAAUCGAAUGUGCCUUGUCACACCGUACAUACACCCUAUUCGACGCCCUACCAUUUCGAAGCAUGGAUGGACAAACGUUACCAAUAAAAUCUGUUCGAGACCUUUCCCCACUUUACGAAGCAUUCUCCGGGGAAGAUGACGAACAUGGCAAUCCAAUAUUUUUAUACUCGUCAUUUGGCUUCAUCACUAAUGAAUAUGUGGCCUACUUCGGCCAGUCAAACCUCAGAAAGUACGAAUUGACUCCCAAAGAUAUCAAGGAUAGCCUAAAACUUCUUCCGGACGAGGAUGUGUACCCAAAGGCUCCUUCGAAUGUUACAGUCUUUUCAACGCCAAUAGACAGCAAUGUCUUUUUGAAAGGCCCGAAGCUAAACACGGCUUUUAAGGAUACGGGUCUAUUACCAAAGCUUCUGUUACGGGAAGUUGAGAUAAUGGAGCUCCUAAUGCGUAACCCGCAUCCGUACAUUAUCGGUUAUCGAGGUUGCAUGAUCAAACGUGGUCGUAUUGUUGGCCUUGUCUUAGAUCGACAUCCUAUGACGCUUAAGCAGCGUCUGAAGAAGGGCGCACGACAUUUCAACGUAGAGAGUUGCAUGAAGAAGAUAAUAUCUGCGGUUCACCAUCUCCAUUCACUGGGGCUGGCGCACAAUGACCUCACACCAAUGAACAUUAUGAUCGACGAAUCUGAUACUCCUAUCGUCAUCGAUUAUGGUUCUUGUCAACCUUUUGGCAGCACUCUUAUCACAGGAGGCACAUUGGGGUGGAUCGAGGAGGACUUUACGACUUCAGAGCAGAGGCAUGAUGAAAUUGGCCUGGGUAAGAUUCGAGCUUGGCUUGAGAGAAGAGAGAGAGAACAACAGGACUAUUGGAAAUAGUUAUUGU